GGUUAAAUUUUAUUAACACAGACCCCUCACGCUCACCCACACACAACACAGCGCAUGACAAGAGAAAAGAAAAGAAAAGAAAAGAAAGGGAGAGGACAGAGGAGAUAACGCUGGCCAAGAGAGGGAAGAGAAACAGAGAGACGAAGGGAAGGAGAGAGAAACAGAACGAGGCAGAGAGGACUGUGAGGGAAGAAGGAGAAGAGGGAGGUGACGACGGCGGCGGUGAGAGAGGCCGUCGCCGCCGCUGAAUCGAGAGAGGCAGAGAGAGACAUAACGAACCUCAAUGGUGGAGAGAGAGAGACGUUGACUACUGGAAGAAACUGCCAUCGCCGUUGAGCCCGAAGGAGGACGCCGCUAAAGAAGAAGGAAAGAGGAAGAGGAAGAAGCGACGGCGCCCGCGCCAGGACAUGCCUCAAGUGACUGCCACCGCUUCACAAAGAUCCAUCUAUGAAAUCAAUUGGUGGAUUCUGUGUAUAUGUAGGAAGAAAUCUGGUCUCCUGGCACUCAGAAACAAGGAGUAGUUGCUAGAUUGAUUAGAGAAGCAGAAUAUAGAGCGUUGGCAGACCUAGUAGCAGAUCUGAUCUGGAUCAAAGGCUUAAUAGGAGAAUUGAAGUGGCCUGUUCAGGAAGCUCCCAUGGCAUAUUGCGAUAAUUUCUUAGCAGCAAAUCUUAUCCUGCAUUCAAAGACAAAACUCUUUGAAAUUGACUUGCAUUUCGUCAGGGAUUAUGUCACAAACAGAGCCAUUCAAGGGAGUCAUGUUCCCACCUCAAUUCAGAUGGCAGAUAGAGGAAACAAUGAAGCAGAAAAGCUAAGAGCUCAGAAUUCGCUUAUGAUCGAAGAAAUUUGCCGUGAUCUCUACCAAUCAGAUCAUGGAUGGAAAAUAAUAUUGUUGAGAUACUUCAACCCAGUUGGUGCACAUCCUAGUGGAAAUAUUGGUGAGGAUCCUCGUGGAAUUCCAAACAAUCUCAUGCCAUUUGUUCAGCUAGUAGCUGUCGGCAGACGCCCUGCACUGACAAUUUUUGGAACUGACUAUAAAACAAGCGAUGGCACUGGAGUUCGCGAUUACAUUCAUGUUGUUGAUUUAGCAGAUGGCCACAUAGCCGCAUUGAAUAAACUAGAGGAUCCUAAAAUAGGUUGUGAAGUUUAUAACUUGGGAACUGGAAAGGGGACAUCGGUUUUGGAGAUGGUCAAAGCUUUUGAAAAUGCCUCUGGAAAGAAUGCGAGUUUUGAGUUUGAUCACCUUGUCAAGGCUAAUAGCCAAGCUGUUGCUGGCCUUAUUACAUUACUUUUAUGGCACGCUCGGGAGAUAAUGCGUCUCAAACCUUUUAUGCCAGAGUGUGGAAAAAAAUAUGUAAUCAGGGAACAGAAGUCUGGUGUUGUGUGAUGGCAACUGAGCAGGAAGCUGGUACAUCUCGGGUGUAAGUUGCAGAGACAAGUCUAAGAAGUGAAAUUAGAAGUUAGUGAGAUAUUGUUUUUAGCUCAAUUAGAAAGUGCAAUCUGAGCUGAGCUCAUCUACAAGCUGAGGUUCACCACCCUUAGCUUCUUUUAGCCAUUUCCUCUCUUCUCUGUUGACUCACACUACCUCAUUCUUCCUGUAAUCUCGUUCAAUCUUCAGUCCUCUUCUGCUAUCUUUUCUCUUUUCCUCAACUGUUCUUGUUCUUGAUAGGGGUGAGUACGGGUCGGUUUGGUUCGGGUUUAAGGGGAAAUUAGAACCAAACCGAUCAAAAUGUAAUUAGUUCGGUUUGGUUUGGAUUUGUA